UGUAGAUUUCGUUAUGGAGAUCCUCGAGAGCUCAUCAUCAACCUGAUAAGAUUGAGAUCCAACAAGAUAAGAUUGGAUUACCGGAAUCCAAUGUAAGAUUUGCGCAAAAGUAGGCAGUGGUGACAGUUGAUUCGUGCGUGGAAGUCUCCUCCGCCAUCACGUCUUCCACACCCUGUGAUUCCACGCAACCAUGACGAAGCUGUUCCAUGCUUCGCUCUAAUGGCUACCUGCUCCUUCCAUCCCCCUCCCUUCCGUUCUGCCAUCUCCUCACUCUUCGUCGCUAUGCCGAACCCUGCUCUCCAUCUUCGUUCGUAGCUACGAUGGCUGACAACGGCAUGAUGGACACUGCAGAGGAAGGGGGCGAUGAGACUUGUGACUUCGGGUACCUGAUUCUGAGACCCGAUGGUGGCGGCCUGGUGGACCUCGCCCGGUUUCUGGUGUCCGGUGGCAAUGCCCGCAGGUUCCUUCAGAGCUCUGAGGAGGAGGAGGAGGAGGAGGAGGAGGAUGGAGGAGGACUGGGGCCGAUCCCGGAUGACCAUCGAUGUGUCAUACUGGUGUCCAUUCUGGUCCGCAGGAUCAUUGCAUUCUUCGGUAAGCCCAUGGCGUGGUGUGGGAUGCUGGUGGAGUUCCUCUUGAACCUCCUCUCCCUCAAUGGCGGCCUCCGCGGCCUUCUCCUCAGCCUCCUCUCAGGGAAAGCGGCGGUGCCGCAGAGGGGCUCAGCGACGUUCGUCAGUGCGAUUGGGCACCUGGACAAGCGUGUGGACCUGCUCAAGUUCGAUGCGGCCUCAUUGAGGUCGGAAGAGGAGAGCGAGGAGGUUGCUGCUUGCUCCCAAGUCGGGAGAAGGGCUGUGAUGGACCUCUGCAUGAUGGCUUCCAAGCUAGCUUAUGAGAAUGACAAGGUGGUCGCCGACGUCGUCAACAACCAUUGGAAGAUGCAUUUUGUGGAGUUCUACAAUUGCUGGAAUGAUUAUCAAAAGAAAAAGUCUACUCAAGUCUUCAUCUUAUGCGACAAGCGAUUAGAUGCCAGUAUAGUGUUAAUCAGCUUCCGCGGAACUGAGCCUUUUGAUCCAGAUGACUGGAACACAGAUAUCGACUACUCAUGGUAUAAGAUCCCAAAAAUGGGGAGGAUUCACAUGGGCUUCCUUGAGGCUCUUGGAUUAGGCAACAGAAUUCAGGUCUCCACUUUCCAAUUCCAUCUUCAAGGUCACUCUUUAAAAAGGAGCUAUUCAGGUGCCCAAGUAAACUAUGACACCAGCAGUUUAUUUGUUAAAAGAAAGGAUGAAUCACUAGAGAUGGAUAAGGAGAAUGCAUAUUAUGUCAUUAGGAGUAAGUUAAAAGACUUGCUUCAUGAGCACAAGAAGGCAAAAUUCAUUGUAACAGGUCAUAGCUUGGGUGGUGCACUGGCUGUGUUGUUUCCGGCAGUGUUAUUGUUUCACAAGGAAGAAGAAUUGCUGAAGAGGUUAUUUGGAGUGUAUACUUUUGGACAGCCAAGGGUUGGGGAUCGACAGUUCGAGAGGUUCAUGGAAGAUCACUUGUGCCAUCCAAAGUCCAAGUACUUCAGAGUGGUCUAUUGCAAUGAUCUUGUUCCGAGGCUGCCUUAUGAUAACAAGACUUUCUUGUACAAGCACUUCGGAACAUGCUUGUACUACGAUAGCCUCUAUAUCGAGCAGAACGUAGAGGAAGAGCCUAACAGGAACUACUUUGGGCUGAGAUAUCUUCUUCCAGAGCACAUGAAUGCGGUCUGGGAGCUCAUCAGGAGCCUAAGCAUGAGGUAUGCCUAUGGAACAGAGUACAAAGAGACCUGGUUCUCCAUAUGCCUUAGGAUAUAUGGACUACUAAUGCCCGGUGUUUCAGCUCAUAGCCCUGUAAAUUACAUAAACAGUAUAAGACUGGGAAGGCCAGUAGCUGAUACUGGCUCCUUCUGAAGUGUCUUUGCAAUUGAAUUGAAGUCCCAAACCUCAAGUACCGAUAUGUAAACCUUAAUAUGCUUUUGUUUGUUUGAUUCAUGGCUUUUCCUAUCA